UAUUAAAGUCCAACAAGGAAACAGUCAUCCAAUCGCACUUGAUGUUAAAACACCAAUAAUCGUUGAUUGCUGUUAAAUUAUUGAAAUUAACCGAGUAGGUUGACUUCUGCAACGUGCAACGUGGCGCCAUCUUGCGGACGAGCGCUCAGUCGCGCGCUUGCACGCUCCAUGGCAGUAGGCGGACCUGUGUUUUGUCGGGUGGUUAGGUUGUUCGUUCCCUCGCGUUCGAACGCGAAUUCCAGUACGAAAGAGCCAUGAAAUAAGAGGAUCGUACGAUGCACACGACGCGCAGCGUGAGCUGAGAUACGUCUGCACGUCCUACCGUUUGAAAGUCGCCUCGGUCCGAGCCGCGAGAGCCUCGCGCGCGCACGUUUUUAAGGUUAAAACCGUGCGGAAUCGGUCGGGCGCGUAACAAUGCGUCGCGUGAGAAAUUCGUACGGUGAAAGUCUGCUGGACUUGUACGUGCAAUCGGAAUUCCGACGAGGCGAGCGUUGUCGCGAGCUCCUCGCCGCUUUCUGACCGCCUUCCACCUCGUGCGUGCGUGCGUGCGUCUCGUUUCGUGUGCGUUUUCGUUCGCGGUGCAAACACACUACACAGCCCUGGGUCGUGCGAGAGACGGAGAAGAAGACAGUGAAAGAGUGACAGAGAGGGAGGGAAAUGCCGAGGCUGCUCGAGCGGCGAUGAUUCCGCUCGAAUUUCGCCGCUGUCCAAUUUCAGAUAGGAUUUCUUCGCGUUGCUCGUGCGACGAGUGACCGUAAACAGAAACCGCGUCCCCGAGGAACAUGCGCGCUCACGGAAUGGAAACGUAACUGCUCUCCAAACUGUUUCCCACCGUCGAAAGGAUAUUAGAAUAAUUGAACAUGGCAGAGGAUGAGGGCACGGAAUGGCUGCAAGAAUUGCUGCACGAUGUGCAACUCUCACAGUUCUUCACCAGGAUAAGGGAUGACCUACAAGUCACCAGGUUACAUCACUUUGAUUACGUACAGCCGGAGGAUCUUGAAAAGAUAGGUUUGGGAAAGCCAGGUAUCAGAAGAUUGUUGGAUGCAGUGAAGAAAAAGAGGAAUACUCAAUGGAAGAAAAGCUUGAUGACAAAGAUUAGGCCUGGCGGUAGUACGAAAAGCAAUAAGAGAUCCUCUCAGCCUGUUGAGGGUUCCUCGGUGCUAACGUGUCUCAUUCAGGAUAAGGAUGUGUCACUGUCUGUUAAAUUGGGUGAUGGUAGUUUCGGUGUGGUGAGACGUGGAAAAUGGACUUCUCCCUCCGGUAGAGUAUUGCCAGUUGCUGUGAAAGUUUUAAAAGCCGAUGCGCUGACACAGCCGAGCGUUAUUGAGGAUUUUGUGGCUGAAGUCCAGGCAAUGCACACGUUGGAUCAUCACAAUCUCAUUAGGUUGUACGGGGUAGUAUUGUCGCAACCGAUGAUGAUGGUGACGGAACUGGCCCCUCUCGGAGCGCUGCUCGACUAUCUGCGUAAACAGUGCAGCCAAAUUUCAGUAUUAACCUUGUGCAACUACGCUCUACAAGUGGCAACUGGAAUGGCGUACUUGGAAGCGAAACGUUUCCUGCACCGUGACCUAGCUUGCAGAAACGUUCUCCUGAGUUCAGUGGACAAAGUGAAAAUCGGUGAUUUCGGCCUAAUGCGUGCGCUGCCGCAGCAGGAGGACUGUUACGUGAUGACAGAACACAAGAAAGUGCCGUUCCCCUGGUGUGCUCCGGAAUCUUUGAAAGCGCGUCAAUUUAGUCACGCGUCCGACGUGUGGAUGUUCGGUGUAACGUUAUGGGAAAUGUUGACGUUCGGUGAAGAGCCGUGGGUGGGUUUGAAGGGAUCAGAAAUUCUUCGAAAGAUAGACAAGGAUGGGGAACGACUGCACGAGCCUGAGGCAACCCCGCCAGAUAUGUACCAAUUGAUGCUUCGUUGCUGGGCUCGAGAACCUACGGAGAGGCCAACCUUCGCCUUUUUGAGGUCGUCUCUCACAGGGAUGGUCCCAGCCGUAAUGAAAGCCGUCAGCCACUUCACAAUGGCUGGGAAAAUGACUAUAGAACAGGGCGAUCAGAUAGUUAUUCUAGAUGGCCGGCCAGAAAACUAUUGGUGGAAGGGUCAGAACCAACGAACUUUCCAAAUCGGACUCUUUCCUCGCUGCUUUGUAGAUCCUAUGAGGCGAAAACAGCCAGAAGACAUCAGCAAGCCACUAGAGAACUCCUUCAUCCAUACUGGCCAUGGUGCACCUUUCGGCAAAAGUUGGGGCAGUCCCAUUUACAUCGACGACGUGUACCUUCGAAAUCCAAUGGAACCACCCGAUGUCGUGGGAGUUACUGUACCAUCCGACAAUCUCGUCAAGGAUAAAUAUUGCGGCACACCGAGAUCGCGAAAACAAUUCAAUUACACGAAACUGCAGAACGACGUUGGGGCUAGCCCCGUAAAGACGACCAACACCUCUGUCCCAGGUGGUAGCCAGGAAGGCAGUUUGAUAGAUCUGUCCCCGGAGGAGAUGGUGAAUACGAGCGAGGUGCAAUCAGAUACUGCCUGUCGACGAGUGGUCAACAUCCUCGACGAACCUAUCGACGAUCUGGAGCGGCAACACCAGACAAACUGGCAAGACGAGGAUCCUCGAACCUACGCCAAUUUCCCUGGCAACGUCGAUCCGGCUUACUCAGACCCGUUCGAUACUUCCUCUGUGUUCAUGAAGUUGCCCCAUUCGAGAUACUAUAGCCAAGUUCCCUCCGACGUGAGCAGUCGGUAUUUCAAAACGCAGACGUACGGGAAUGUGCAGAACCAGGACGCUGGUGGUAGCAGCCAGGACAGUACAAAUUAUUUUACGGCCGAGUCCGCCACGAACGUGAAACAUUAUUCCAUAAAUCUGAGCAAGGAGAGUAGGAACGAUAGUAUUAACCUGAAUGUGAACGUGGACACGGAAGAGAACAACGCGUACAGCCAGAACCACUACAGUGAAAUUGACAAACCUAGUCCACCAAUGACGAAUUGGUCUAAUUGGCCGGAAGAUUUGCAGAACGACGCGCAGACGUACGUGAAUGUCUCUAGUCGGAAUUUUCAGAGCUCUGACGCGCCUCCUCCGCCACCCGUGGCUCCCAACGAGAGUCCACCGAAGCCAAAGUCGAACCACGACUUGGCCCAAAGUCUGAGCGAGCUGACGAUCAACGUCAAUUCUUGUAACGUCUCCCCGAAAAAAUUAGACUCCGCUUUCUUGGCUGAGUUGGAGAAGCAUUUGGGUGAGAAGGAGGCGAGCAAGAACAUGAUCACCAGUCAACAAAACCCAGAUUUGUCCGAUCCCUACUCGUCCGUGAGCAAACUACAGGAGAGCACGAUUCCAGCGUUGAGGCCUCCACCUCAGACUAUCAAGCGAAAGUCACCUCAAAUGGACUACAGAAACACCAGUCUACCCAGCAAGGUGCAGAAUUCCUGGCCGUCGAAGAGUACGAACAUCCAACAGCCUCCUAGAACACAGCUCGAGCAACGCUUGGAAACAAGCACAGAACAGAUGGUGGGUCAAAUCUGGCAGCAGUCUCAAGCCCAGCAGCACAACGCUUACGCUACUGCCCAGAGUAAUAUGAACCUAUUGCAAAUAGCUCCUAGCAAUGUGUCCAAGCCAACGUUCAAUCACGCACAGAACUCGCUACCAACGUCCAACCAAACCAGCCUCUUUCAGAAUCCCUUGUUGCCAGCUGGUAGCCACGGAAUAACCCAGAUUCAGAACGAUCUUCACCAAGCACACGCCAGUAACGUAGCCUCCAAGCCUCCGAACGUCGUGUUCUCUGAACAGGUGUACGCAGAGUUGAAACAGACUGUACCGAAUCUGGACCAACUGUCGCAGAACGAGUUCAACACGCUGUACAACAAAACGGUGCAGCAGAAUAUUUUGAGGAACUACUACGCGGCUAGUACGUCGAGCAGUCCCGCCGGUGAUUCGGCCAGCAAUCUAAGUCAUAGUCACUAUCUGGAGGGAGCUUCAGCCAGUUCCCAGGCUCGUUCCUCGGGGCAGUCUGCGAGGAAUACUAGCGGUCAGGGUCAUCCGUGCGACUUCAGCCCUCACCUGAAGCAACCGCCGGUGUACAAUCCUCCGCCACCGGCCACAUGGAGUCCGAUGAAGUCGAUUCAGAACGAGCUGGGACAGGGACAGAGCGCAAUGAAGUCCAAUUUAGCCAGUAAUCUGGUCAACAGCCCCAAUCUGUUGCAGCUCACGCACACUAACCAGCCUCAAGAGGGCGCCAUGACGGCGCAAGCAUCCUCCUCGACGAGAUGUCUGCCUCCUCAGAUGACCGAGACAGUCGUUAAUACUCAAUUAGUCCCCUCCACGUCGGCGUACCCCUCUGGCGUCAGCCCACCACUGACCGCCGCCUCUCAACAGCUGGUCAUGUCCCUUAACGACGAAUUUCGAGCGAACAAAGUGAUGAAGGUGCAGAGAGAGGCGGCCGACGCGUCGCAACAGGAAAUACUCGCAGCGUUACAGGCCACUGGCUGGGACACUAAUCAAGCGGCUAAACAGAUACUGAAAGACAGACAGGCGAAGAUCGAGUCCCUUGUCAGAUUGGGCUUGGCAGACCGACAACAGUGCGAGGGUGCUCUGAAGCAGACUGAAUACAACGUAGAUUUAGCGGCUUCCCUCUUGUUAGACCAGGUCAAAUGAAGAGAAGACAUUAUAAGCGAGCUCGCCGUUACUGAAGAUAUUGUAAAAUAACUGUAGCGAUAUAGGUAUAUGUAUUUAUAAACGAUAGCCAUACAACGCGUAAAAAGAGACUACGGGCUCCGAGCAUAAUUAUUAGUUCAAGUGUCCUCCUCGAAAAAGACAUUGUCUUAGAACCGUGCACUGCGUCUUAUAACACUAUGGGGCCAUUGUAAAAUCUUGACAAUGUUCACUUUCCAGGUGAAAAAAAAAAAAAUGUUGAGUGUUUUAAAUUAUAUUCUUCAAAGAUACGAAUUAGUGUAUAAUAUGAAUAGUAUGUAAUGCAACGUGCAAAGAAGUCAAGAACUGUCAAAAUGGUUUUACAAUUACAAGACGCAGUGUAUCUGAAAUGUGUAACUGUUCGAGGUUCUGCUCUGAGGUUUAUAAAAUACUUUCUGAAGAAGAAAAGGUCAUCAAUCAAUACCUUUCUUACCUUUAUUGUUUGUAACUUGCUGAAGAGGAGCACGCGGGCUGCAUUCCAAAAAUUCCUACGAAUGAAAACGAAAGGGAAAAUUCCGCGAGUCGCCGUAGCGAACCGUGUCUCAGAAAUUUUAGAUGUCGUAGAAAACGAAAUAUUAUUGUUUGGCUAGCGUGCGAACUGUGAACUGUAUUUUACAAGGAGGGUAGGUGGGGGUGAAAGUAAGUGUCUUUUUUUUCUUUUUCGAGCAUGUUCGUCUUACAUACGUGCUUCACAUCGAGGAGAAAGUGUAUAUGUUUUGUGUUGUGUAUCGGUUUGUUUUAUUCUGUAAAAGAAAUAUCGACACUGACCUCUUGAAUGGGCAAAUUAUUCUUUUUUUCUCAUUUCAUAGAGGAAAUGUAAUUAAUUUUUUUUUUUCGAAGUAUUAUUGUAAUUGAUAUUCUUCGCGUUGAAAUACUCAAGAGAUUUUUGUUUCUAGGAAAAAGUAUUUAUUGCUCGUUUUAAGGAAAUUCAGUGAAUCCCUGGCUAUUUUGUUCAUUUAUGGUGGGCAAUUUUUUUUUAUGCCACGAAAGUAUUCUUCCACGUUUUCAAUAGAGGAAUCUUCUAUUUUAAUACGGUCAGCAUUUUGAUUAAUAGUAAGGAGAUUUUUAUUCUUAUAGAAAGUCUUCCUAAUAUUGUAAACGAGACUGUGAAUGUUUAUGCAUUUAUGGGAAAUUCAGAACUUUACAAUGCUAAACAUAAAUAACUUUUUAAAGAUACAAUUUAAUUGAUGUAUUUUAAAACGAAUCUCCAUCGAUUAAUAAUUAUUAUCCAACUUAAAUUAAAUUCAAAGUCUAUCGAAAUAAAAUUAUUUCUUUUUAAUUUAGACGUGUUAAAAAAAAAAUGCAUUAAAACUAAAUAUUUGCAUAAACAUUUAUAGUUGCUCCAUAAGUGAAUAAAAUGGCCAUCAAAAUCGGACGACCACUAUAUUAGAUUAUGUCAAUUGGAAUCUGAAGCUCUUCCCGCCAGUGAAUGGCUGUCUGUAAUUAGAUCUACGUGACCGGAAGUGAAAAGCACUCAUCGAGGAUCUAUGCGUGUUUCAUAUAUAGCCCGAUGAAUUCCAUGUAAAAAUGGCAACUCUUGCGUGGUUGGUAUUUCAUGCAUAUUUAUGACAGUAUCACCGUGAAAGUACUCGUAAACGUUUAUGUUUUUAUAAUUGAACUUUAGAGAGGAAGAUCGUGGAUUGAAAAGGAUGAAUUUUAACUGAAAAAACACAGUAGAACUGUUUAAACAUUCAUAAGAUUGUAAUGGGAUUCCAUUGUAUAUUAUUUUGAUGUAUUUAGAAAUUCAGAAAGUUCCACUUAACCCCAUUGUGACAAAUGAUUGGAGCUAUUAAGGUAAAUAGCGAAUUCUCCAAAGUAUAUAAAAUUAAUAAAAGUUUAUGUACAACAUUUAAGUUGACACUCGACUAGUAUCAUUAGAUAAUUAGAUUUUUGUGCAUUUAUGGAAAGCUUGGAAGUGCAAAAAUGUCAUGCAGUGUGCACAAUAUGCAUAAACGUACAAAAUGUCCAAAUUAUAAUGCCCCUAUAUAUAACAAUAAUUCUCCAUCGAAAUUUUUACAGUUUUGUCAGAAUAUCCGCAAUUGUCAAUAUUUUAAUAUAUGAUAUUUCGAUGAAUGAAGUUCUACUGUGUUGACAAGUAGCGUAAGAAGUUAAACAAGAGACGACUGUUGCUGUGAAGAGCUUCCGAUCCAAUCGACCAAAAGCACUCGGAUAAUUUCCAAGAGAUAAUUUCCACGACACCGUGCGAGCAAACGUUCUGUCAAUUCGAAUUGCAUCGCUGCCUCUCGAAGCCAGCUCACCCGUCACUUGGAGCAAAAACUGUCUCCAAUCUGAUAUAGUUCUAGCCUUAAAUGUGCACACGGCUCUCAUGUAAAAACAACGCAAUCGUGACUGACGAAAGUGUUCGAGUCUGAUAGAUAUACAGUGAUUCACGAAAGUAUUUGAACAUUUCGCAGAAAACUUUCAUGUAUAUAUAUAUAUAUAUAUAUUCACACACACACACAUAUAUAUACAUGUGUGAACAUUUUGGGAUUUUUUCAAGACCACAACAAGACACAAUUAUCAAAAUCAGUACUAAUCUUUCUCUGAAACAUACCAGAUCGAGAAAUUAGGACCAACAUUAGUUUAAUGCAAUUAAUGAUAGUAUUAAAAUCGAUCGAAUUAUUAUAUUUUUAUAUUUUUCACUCGUAAAUAUUUUGUACGAGCAAUUUUAGAAUUCGUUUAUUCAAUUUAGAAAUUGUACUAUAGGUAGUCAUUAGACAAUCAACGUAGUUCUGUGUUUCCAAUCAUUUCCAACGCUUUUUUCAAUCUUGUUUUUACCUUGUUGAAAUGUCUCGCGCAAUAUGGUCAAAAAAAAGACCUCUCUAAGCGUUCAAAUACUUUCAUGUGGAAUUGAAAGUGUACAUGUGUAUAAAGUUAGUUUGAUACUGCAAAGACAGGGGAGGGGGGAAGGGAAAGAUGAUUGCCAAGUAGCGAGAAAUGUUGAAUUUUUGUAACUGUGAUAUGCGUUACUAAAGGCUCUAGACAGUACCGUUUAGAGAUAGAGAGAAAAUAAGAGAAAAAGAGAGAGGGAGAAACAGAGAGAAUUUCCUUUUUCUCUGUUGUCCUUAUUUAGGUAUAGAUUAGAUUAUUAUCGUGUAAUACGAGGAGUGUACAUAGCCGUUUUUAGUGGCUGAGUUAAGCUUAUGCGAUUUUUCUUUUUUUUUUUUUUUUUUUUUUUUUUUUUUCUUUUUGUCUUUUCUUCUUUUAUUUCUCUGACCAUAUGCGUGGUCGAUUCGUUCGAAAGACGUUUAAAGUGUAAUUGAAACGCGUGCUUGAUCGUUUCGCCUAACUUUCACGAUCUGUCGUUCUGUGCAGAAAGGGAGAAUACUCCUUUAGUCUUGGACUCUCUCAAACUAUUGAAAAUUAAUUUUUAAAUUAUUGAUAUUUCUUUUCGAGAUUUUCUUUUCUUUUCUUUUUUUUAUAUUGAUAUUUGAGGUCUAGGAUUUAAUUCUAUAGUCCUAAGUUUAACGAAGCUGUAAAAUUAUCUUUUCUUUUUUUGAAUGUUAUGUUAAAAAUUUUUUGUAGAAUUAAACGUCUCUUUGUUCGUGGAAAGUGAGACUGGGACGUAGAACAGAGCCCAAUUCCUUGUUUUUAUUAAUCUAAGAGAUACUAGGUUAUCUACUGAUUAGUUAAAACUUACGUGGCGCUAGUAUCGCAUCAGCAGACGCCGUAGACAUCUCAAAUUGAUAUAAAGCAUAAUAUUAUUAAUUAGUUUAAACUGCAGAUUUCUGUGCACGUCUGCGUAUUUGAAAAUACUAUAAAAUAUUCAUGGUAUAUUAUAAAAUUUCUGACUAGUUUCCAUUCUUUUUAUGGAAAUUCGUUCGUAAAAAUACCAGUUUACAUAAGUUGCACAUAAGUUUUAGAUUUUUAGAUUGUUUUCAAUCUUUGCAUCGAAGUAUAUAUAUAUAUUUUUUAUAGAUUUAUUAUUUAUUAUAAUUUAAUUAAUAUAUUAAUACAUGGUUUUCAUACUUAAUAAAGAAAGCACUGUGAGUUUAGAGUAUAAAUUCCAGCAAUAAAUGGACACCAGAGUCAAAAAGUAUUAAGAACAUAGAAAAGAAAAUAUUCUCAGGAAUUAGAGUCCAAGAUACAAAAUUACAAUAAAAAAGAAGAAUGUUCACUAAAGUUCCUUUCUGCACAUUCGAUUGUACAAUGAAAACAGGAAACACUGUGAUUGUCGUCGAUGACAGCUAGCCAAUUCCGACACUUUAUCUAAGAAAAGAAAGUCAUUAUUUUUUUAAGCCAAGCUGUUUUUCAACUAAAUGGAAAA